UCAAGUUACCACACACACACACAUAUACAUGUAGGCUCGCAGAAACCCUAGCAAGAACAGGCACGCCUCGGCAAGGCGGCGGCAUGGAGGACCCUCGCCGGCGCUCCGCCGGCUCCACGGCGGCGGGCAGGCGGCUGCGCGGUCUCCUCGCCCUGGCCGGCGACUACCUCAAGUACCUCUUCAUGAAGCGGCGCCGGCUCAUGCACAGGGUGGCGCGCAGGACGCUGGCGCUCGUCCACCGCCACCACGGCGGCGGGCGGCGCAAGAGCAGCCAGUGCCCGUGGCCGGCUCGCGCGCUGAUGGAGCGCGAGUUCUCGUGCGCCGACAGCCCCAGCCCCGCGUUCCUCGCUGCCAAGAGGCUGCUGCUCCGGUCCCGGCUGAGAGGCGGCGGCGCGGCGGCCGCGGCCGCCGGCGCCGUGUCCUCCUGCUUCGGCUCGUUCCGAACGCCGUGCGGUUCGACCGACACGGCGGCGGCGCCAUCGGAGCUGACAGAGACCGCGGUGGAGGAGGAUCAUCGGUUGGAGCUGGAGGACGAGGAGGAGGAAGAUGAUGAGGUGAUGGUGGCCGGGGACGUGUGGGUGCAGUGCGGCGGCGAGCUUUUUGACGUGGACGACAGGGCAGAGGAGUUCAUCAACAUGUUCUACGAGCAGCUCAGGGCGCAGAGCUUCGCCGCCGCGGUUUUCCAGCGCUCGCCGUGACUUGAUCAUGGCGUGCACAAAAAGAGUGGUCUUGCAUUGAUCUCGCGAGGUCUUCGUUGUGUGGUUUAGUCUGGAGGAUCGGAGGAUCCUUAACUUCUCGAGAAUGUGUUUGUAUCUGUACAUUUUCUAUUCACGAAGAGUGAGUGUGCCAUAAUAUACGUUUCGUA